AUGUCCAACCCAAGUGCCAAUCUCGUUGCUGUCAACUCGUCAACGCUUGGCACAGCCAUGCCGGAAGUGACUUUACCGGAUGGCAGCAAAGUGCAGACAGGAACAGUUGGAGCGAUGUUAAUCAAUAUCAGGGCGUAUAAUGAAGCCCAUGCAGACGGAGAUCAGGCAAAGAUGGAAGCUCUUCGCACCGCCCUCAGAGCCGCGAUCCCAUUGUUGAAGAAAGUUGGCAUGUUUGAUCUGUUUCCGCCUGAGGAGUGGAUCCAAGGUGAUAAUGAGGGGCGAAAGGUCGUGGGAAGGAUGUAUAAAGAAUACUUCGAGUUGGCAUAA